GCAACUUUGAGAAAGUUUGUUAUGACUUUGUGGAUAUGUAUCAUUUCGCAUUUCUUGGAUUAUUUGCCUCCUGCAUUCAACAGUGACGAUUUGACUUUUUUACCCCGGAAUCCUCGAGUGCACGUGGAUUUGAUUCAGUGAAAUUGUUUUGCCUCGUCUAGGAUAUACACAGUGAAAAAUACAACAGUGUGUAUUACGGAAAACCAUCCUUUUCAAGAGGUGUUUGUUACAGUGCGAGCUUUAAUCUUUAAAGAUAACUUGGAUUAUCCUGUUUUCACCGUUUUAUAUUCCAUAGAUCCAGCGUUUGUUUGUGCGUGUACAUUAUGUUGAGUCUCCGCCCGCCAGUGUUCGAAAUUCACUCGAAUUGUUUGACAGAGGCGCUCAGUGUGUCGAAAAAUCAGCUCUUGGGGAGUGGCGGGUCCUCACAAGUCUAUCUAGUGACAGAUGUGAACAAUCCUGACAACAAAAAGGCUUUGAAAAUACUUUCUUCUCUCGAUGACGAGGAUUCUGAGGAUGAAGACAACAAACUAUUUCUUUUUGAAACAGAAGUCAAAAUACUUCAAGACGUCCGUCAUCCCAACAUUAUCCGGAUGGAGAGGGCGGUUAAAUGUCAGGAUGGAGUCGCCAUUUUGUUGGAGUACCAUCGCUCAGAUCUGUUCCACUCACUACGUAAGCUCUCGCUCAUGGAGUCCUUCCGCUUUUUUAUUCAAUUAAUAGACACUGUGUCUUUUCUCCACCAACAUCGCCUCGUGCACGGGGACUUGAAACUGGGAAAUGUGUUCAUCAGCCACUGUGGAAACGCUGUACUAGGUGACUUCGGACAAGCUCAGCAUCUUCCCGAACACUCGACAAGUUCCGAACGAUGGGGAGGCAGUCGGCCAUAUAGGGGACCUGAGUUCAUAAAAGAUGCGACAGUGGAGGACGUUUUUAAGCUAGAGAGCUACUCUCUUGGACUCUGUCUCUGGGCCUUACUGCUCCGUGUGCACCCUGAGCCAGGCAUGGACUUCCUACAGAAGCUGAAAGACGCCGUGUCUAUUCCAGAAGUGCGCAGAAAAUGUGUUGAGCGUCUCUUAUGUCCGUCACCGGUAGAUCGUGCCACGGUUGUGGAAACGCAACAACUGCUCAUCGAUCAUAACCUGACAGAACCGUGUGACCCGAACGCUGCAGAUCGUCCUCGACAUUCACAAAUCAGACACCGAUAUAGGAAUCAGGCGAUGAAAACCGUAGCCCGACCAUGGAAGUUGAAAACUGUCAAUUGAGGUACAUUAUGACAUCCAUUUGGAAGCAGUGUUCCCGACCUUCGACAGAGAAUAUGGCACGUCAUUUUUUUUUCUUCUGAAAGUAAGAAUUAUAAUUUUGUGCUUUUCGUAGUAAUUCUUCACCUGUCUCCACCACUGGAGUUUGCAGUUUAUUACUCUACAGAUCUACUCUUUGACACUUACAAAAUGUUACCUCCGACUAAGUUUCAAUUCCCUAACGCCAGCCUAUACUUCGUUAUUAGGAAUUGGUCGUCUGUUAAUUACAUGUAUAUUUUUCUUUAUUAUAUGUAUUUCUCCUCUUUCAUCUUAUAAAAGUUCAUAUAUUAUACAUUCUUAGCAUAUGUUUAAAGCAUCCCCUUUCAUUAAGAUAUCACUUAUUUUUGCUCUUAUACAGCUUAUAUCUGAAUAUCUCGUCUGUUCCCUUAUCUUUAUUUUUAUGUUUAUUUAUAUAUAUACAUACUUUCCACUUUCGUCUUAUUUUCUAUCCA